AUUCUUCUUUGCGGUCGACAGCCACGAUGGAACUUGAAGCUAAACAGCCCAUCGACGACGACAAGGUGGACGUCUCAGAGAGUUUCCUGUCGCAGAUUCUCACGCCGGGCUCAUCGUUGCACCCGACAUUUCUUCUUACUCUCGACCUCUCCUUUGCUGCCCUCCUCCUGGUGCUCGUGCUCCUCUUGUUUCUUACAUCGAGCAACGUGCAUUUCAUUGGAUUGAUUGGGAUAGAGCUGGCACUCUGGGCGAGUGUGAAAUGGUUCGUCAAUGAACUACAAAAUGUGUCACCAGUAGAAGGAGAUGAAGCCAAGAAAGAUAUAUAACAUCAUCACCGCCGGCCCUUAUCGUAAUCUUCAUACCACUUCUUUGUUCUCUUCGCACUUUCUUGGGCCAGUACAAAUACUGCGCACAAGUCAGCAGACAACAGCCGAGAAGAAGAAUCAUCUCUCACGUUCGCGUUCUGUUGCAUCCAACCCUUCGCGAAAUGCUUGCGCAGUAUCUCCCGUAGAGCCUCCACCUCCGCCAGCGGGCCCCAGGGCUGCGAAAUGCUGUGCUUGAUCUAUAACCUCCACCAGCCGCUCAC